GUGCCCUUCUUAUAAUGAACGUGCUCAUGGCUACGCGCUUCCCUCUCUGUCGUUCCAUCCAACCUCUCCUUAAGCGUACUACUCACUCUCGUCUUUACUCCAAAGCCCCCAAACAUUUCCCCCAGUCUCAUUCUUGUCCUCUUUGGUCUUCUUCCUUCUCCUUUUGCCUUGAAGCCAUUCACAAGUCCACUGCACCUCUGUCCUUCUCUCGCUCCUUCACUUGCUCUUCCGUUUCUGCACCAUCGAUGGCUACCCCUCCAUUAGAGGAGACCCCUGAAGGAAACCCACUUCUUAAGGACUUUGAGUUUCCCCCUUUUGAUGUUGUCGAAGCUAAACACGUUCGACCUGGGAUUCGGGUCCUCCUGAAGAAGCUGGAAGUUGAUUUGGAGGAAUUGGAGCGUACGGUGGAGCCUUCGUGGCCCAAGCUGGUCGAACCAUUGGAGAGGAUUUUAGACCGGUUGCUCGUUGUUUGGGGAAUUGUCAAUCAUCUCAAGGCCGUCAAGGACAAUUCCGACCUCCGUUCUGCCAUUGAAGAUGUUCAGGCGGAAAAGGUUAAGUUUCUUCUUAGGGUGGGGCAAAGCAAACCUAUCUAUAAUGCAUUCAAAGCUAUUCGACAGUCUCCCGAUUGGCAAACAUUAAGUGAUGCUCGGAAACGUAUAGUUGAAAACCAAAUUAAGGAGGCUGUUCUUGCUGGUGUUGCUCUUGAAGAUGAUAAAAGAGAGCAAUUUAAUGAAAUUGAACAGGAGCUGGAAAAGUUAUCACAAAAAUUUGGGGAGAAUGUUCUGGAUGCUACAAAGAAGUUUGAAAAAUUAAUCACGGAUAAGAAAGAGAUAGAAGGAUUACCUGCUACUGCUCUUGGAUUGGCUGCGCAAAGUGCAGUGUCUAAGGGGCAUGAAAAUGCCACAGCUGAGAAUGGGCCUUGGGUAAUCACAUUGGAUGCUCCGAGUUAUAUGGCUGUUAUGCAACAUGCUCAGAAUCGAUCCUUGCGAGAGGAAGUUUAUCAGGCAUAUGUAAAACGAGCAUCUAGUGGAGAUCUGGAUAACACAGAAAUCAUUGACCAAAUUUUAAAGCUUAGGUUGGAGAAGGCCAAGCUUCUCAACUACAAUAACUAUGCUGAGGUAAGCAUGGCAACUAAAAUGGCCACUGUUGAUAAAGCAGAAGAACUUCUAGAAAAGCUUCGCAGAGCUUCUUGGGAUCCUGCUGUGCAAGAUUUGGAAGACCUUAAGCAAUUCUCCAAAAGUCAAGGUGCACCAGAAGCUGCUGAUUUGACACAUUGGGAUAUGGGCUUUUGGAGUGAGAGGCUCCGUGAAUCAAAAUUUGACAUUAAUGAGGAAGAACUGCGUCCAUAUUUCUCUCUGCCUAAGGUUAUGGAUGGACUUUUUAACCUUGCAAAAACACUUUUUGGCAUUGAAAUUGAGCCAGCUGAUGGCCUAGCACCGGUCUGGAAUAAAGACGUCAGAUUCUAUCGUGUUAAAGAUUCUUCAGGCAGUCCUACUGCAUACUUCUAUUUUGAUCCAUAUAGCCGUCCUUCUGAGAAAAGACAAGGUGCAUGGAUGGAUGAAGUUUUUGCUCGCAGUCGUGUAUUAUCACAUGAUGGUACCACUGCAAGGUUGCCUAUUGCCCACAUGGUGUGUAAUCAGACACCACCUGUAGGGGACAAGCCAAGUUUAAUGACAUUCCGUGAGGUUGAGACUGUCUUCCAUGAAUUUGGGCAUGCACUUCAACAUAUGCUCACCAAGCAGGAUGAGGGUCUGGUUGCUGGUAUCCGAGGGAUAGAGUGGGAUGCUGUUGAAUUACCUUCUCAAUUCAUGGAAAACUGGUGUUACCAUAGAGAGACUUUAAUGGGCAUUGCAAAGCACUUUGAAACUGGCGAGAGUCUCCCUGAAGAUAUAUAUUUGAAACUUGUUGCUGCUAGGACCUUCCGUGCUGGCAGUCUAAGUCUUCGACAGUUAAGAUUUGCAAGUUUAGAUUUGGAGCUCCAUACAAAAUAUGUUCCUGGGGGAUCUGAAUCUAUCUAUGAUGUUGACCGGAGAGUUUCUGAGCGAACUCAAGUGCUUCCUCCAUUCCCAGAAGAUAGGUUCCUAUGCAGUUUUAGCCAUAUAUUUGCAGGUGGCUAUGCAGCUGGAUACUACAGUUACAAGUGGGCUGAGGUGCUGUCUGCAGACGCUUUCUCUGCAUUCGAGGAUGCUGGAUUGGAUGACCAGAAGGCCGUGAAAGAAACAGGGAAGAGGUUCCGAGAGACCAUUCUUGCUCUUGGUGGUGGCAAGGCACCACUGGAGGUCUUUGUACAAUUCCGGGGCAGAGAACCAACACCAGACGCAUUGCUCAGGCACAAUGGCCUUUUACCAGUUGCAGCUUGAUAUCGUUGAUCUUCAAUAUGCUUGGUUAGGUAGAGACAGGCGGUUGAGCUUGAAUGUUUUUUUAUUUCGUGGCCUAACCUUUUUUUUUUUUUCUAUAUACGAGGUUUGGAAAAUGCAGACUUGUUUCACAGGUCUUCGUGUCGUCCAAACUUUUGGAUCCUGUCCCAUUGUAGUGUUAGUAUGCAAGGAGAAGUUCUUAUUGAGUGAAUAAUUUGUAACAUGGGAUCACAGCUGCUUGGAGAUUCAACUAAAAAGUGAAUGCAAGUAGAAGCUCUCUUGGUUCCAUAGUAUUGGUUGUUUCGACACAUUUGAGAACUGAGAUGUCCGCUUUUUCUGUUAUAUAUUUAGCAGCUUGAUUAUGAAGAUAAAUUUCAGUCAUUGGUAAA